UGUGUGUGUGUGUGUGUGUGUGUGUGUGUGUGUGUGUGUGUGUGUGUUAGCUAUAUUGUAUACAGUGAAUUCUAAGCUUGUUUUACCACUUCAGGGGUUUUUGUUUGUGUAUUUGUUUGUCUGUUUGUUUUACCCUCAGGGUUUUAUAUGUUUAGUGGAGUUUUAAAAGCUGUCUUUGAGAAAACUGAUCUCUGGAGUGGCAUACAACAUAUGAAAACUCGCGAUUGUUUUUAUAUAUAUAUGCAAUAUAGUGUAUAUAUAUGCAAGCAGCUUCAAUCCAAAGGCUUAGUCUCGUGUUAGACAGCCAAGUUUUAUAUUUCAGCGGUCUGGUACUCCUGCAAACAGUGAUAAUAACCAGGCAAGUUUUAUGAUAAAUCCAACUUUUUUUUCUGAUCAUGUCAUACAAUUAUUAAGCAUUAGAAAUUAGCCAUCACAUGCAAGGGAAAAAAUGCAUAUAGACAGUCUAUUUAAAAGUACAUUUUAAAAAGAUUUUUGAUGGAGAAGAAACUGGGCUCAGCCCAGAAAAAACAGGUGAUUUUUUUAUUUUUUUAGAUCUUCAACUGUCCAGUUUGGCUGAGCCUGUGCCUAUGAUAGACUCAGAUUCGCUGUUGUAGCCAGUCUACCUCAAGGUUCAAUGUUUUGUGCAUGCUGAGAUGCUUUUCUGCUCACCACAGUUGUAAAGAGUGAUUAUUUGAGUUAUUGCAUCCUUCCUGGCAGCUUGAAUCUGGCCAUUUUCCUCUGACCUCUCUCAUCUACAAGAUGUUUCCACCCACAGAUCUGUCACUCACACAGUGUUUUGUGUUUUUUUGCACCAUUCUUUGUAAACGAUAGAGACUGUUGUUUGUGGAACAGGGGUUCCUAUUAAAGUGUAUGGUGAGUGUAUAUAGUGGUGGAGUUAUACCAUGCAACACAAUCAUAAGGAGUCAAAUGAUAAUUUUAUUGUAAACUUUAGCAUUUUAUAUACAGAUUAUGUAUUUAACCACAGUAUUUUUUUUUGUCAAUUUACAUCUCUAUUGCUUGGCACCCUGUCCAGGGAUAUUUCCCUGGGAUAGGCUCCAGGUUUCCCCGUGACCCUGAAAAGGAUAAAGCGGUAUAGAAGAUGGAUGGAUGGAUAUCUCUAAUGCACAUCUUAACAUAAAUUCCAAAUAAAUAAAAAUGCUUUUCUCUCUUCUUUUAUAGCCAUAGUGAGUAAUUGGGGAAACAGCUUUACUACUAAAGGUGCAUUCAAGGUGCAAUCACACAUACAGCGACUCGCAGGAAUAAAGCAACCAGAGACUUCCAGUGACAUGAGCAACAGCAACCAAUGACGACUAAAUGUGGGCAUGUCCAGCGACGCAACAAAUCUGAGAAAAGUUUAACUUUAUGCAAAUUUGGAGCGACUUGGUGCAGCGGCCAAUGGGAGGGAAGACAGUAGAGAGCACGUGAUCCGUAGCCACUCGUGCUAAUUAGCAGAAACAGCGCCAUUGUGGCAGUAGCUAGUUAGCUUAGCUUAGGAUCUUAGCUGGUUUAAAGCAAAAUUAAAUAAAUAAAUAAAAGAAAUCAUAAUGAAACACAUUUACUUUUUGUUGCAAUCGAGCAAAAUCCUAGUGUAGCUCCUGAAGUGUCUGACUUGUCACUGCUUCGUCAGCCGGGAACAAGGAGCACCAUGCCGUACACUUCACCCAGGGAACAUGGAGGCCAUGGCUGAAGAGCUGUGUCCAACUCCCAGUCACCAUCGACCAUAUAGUGAGUGACAUCCUGACUGUGACACUCACUUCCUGAUAUAGGGGAUACACUGGGAUUUUGCUUGACUGGAACAAAAAGUGAGUGUGUUUCAUUAUUAUUAUUUUGGUUUAAAUGCAUUAAUGCCAUUAGCUAAGCUAAAGUAAUUGGUGCUUGCAUUUUUGCCGCAGAGAGAUGGUCGCAAGGGCAAAGAGCACACACUGCUUCUCCUUCAUGUCAUAGGAUAUGAUGCAUAUAUACACUGGUGAAUUUUAUAUACGAUCGCUCACCCUACAGAAUGUUUCAUUUUUGCGGCAAGAAAACUGGCUUGGGGAAUGUUAUUAGUGCCACCCAUGUUGCUAUGGCAACCAGCAGUAGAAAUGCCUACUAGUGAAUUCAUAGUACAGCAACCGGUGAAUGCACCUUUACAUGAGUGGCUAAAUUGACAAGGUGAUUGAGACUGAGCGUUUGAGCAGCCUGAAAGCAGCAAUUAAACAGGCUAGUCAUGGAGGAGCCGGUUACCACUAAUGAUGGACAGGCAGCUCUGUGUCUCUCUCUGGUGGCGCCCUCCUUUAUGUUUGUGAUGGACAGUACUUGUUUUAUUUUUCUUUCUUUUUCCCCCCACAAUACAGAGGGAUUAAAGGUGGUCGGUCCAGAUGCUCCUCUUGUUGCUGUAGCUGGUGAAGACCUAGUUCUGCCUUGUUUCAUCAAACCCAACACCAGCGCUGUAGACCUGAGAGUGGAGUGGUUUAAACUAGAUGGAGUGAACUCAUUAGUGCAUCUCUACAAUGACCAUGAAGACAGAAAUGAAAAACAGGCUCAGGCCUACAAAAGACGAACAUCACUUUUCAAAGAGGAGCUACAGAAAGGCAAUGCUUCACUCAAACUCUCAGAUCUUAAUGUUUCUGAUGAAGGAGAAUAUAAGUGUUUCAUUGAGGACAAAUCCUGGUUUGAUGACAUCACUGUUCGUAUAAUUGUCGAGGUUCAGGGAAGCAACCCGGUGAUUAUGAUGGAGAGUUAUGAUCACUCAGGAGGGCUUAAUCUAGUGUGUGAGUCCAAAGGCUGGAACCCUGAACCUAAGGUUCUGUGGAUGAACAGAGAAGGAGACACUCUGCCUGCUGAAGAUACACAGAUACACAGAGACACUGAGGGCUUCAGUGUGAAACACUGCAUCACUGUUUAUGAUUAUAGUGACUCCAAUAGGCUUUACUGCAGACUUCAACAACAACAUCACAUGAUGGAGGCAGAGGUUAUCAUUAAUAGUAAAGUCUUUGAUGCUUGGAAGGGGGUUGUCAUCAUUUCAGUUUCAGCAUGUGUUCUUGCUGUCGGAUGGAUAGUAACUGCAGUUGUUUUUUACAAUAAAGUGCUGCAGAGACGGAGGAUGGAACAUGAGAUAGCAGAGAUGAAGGCGUUUGGAGAACCGCAGAGAAAGAGAGUGGAAGACGUGUUAGCAGGAAAGAACCAGUAUGCAGUGGAUGUGACUCUGGAUCCUGAUACAACUCAUCCCACUUUCAGAGUGUCUGAAGAUGGAAAACAAGUGAUACAUACAUCAUAUGAUCUCCCUGAUACAUCACAACAGCUUGAUUGUGAUCCCUUUAUUCUGGGAAAGCAGAGUUUCUCCUCAGGGAGAUUUUAUUAUGAGGUGGAGGUCAGUGGCAAAACUGAGUGGACAUUAGGAGUCAUGAGAGAGAACAUUAACAGGAAGGGGAUUACACUGAAACCUCAGAAUGGAUUCUGGACUCUGGCUCUGAGGAAUGAGAAUGAGUACUGGGCUAUUGCUGAUCCUGAUGUCCUCCUCACACUGAUAGAGAAGGUGGAGAAGGUGGGGGUGUUUGUGGAUUAUGAGGAGGGUCUGGUCUCCUUUUAUGAUGUGAAGGUCAGCUCUCAUAUCUACUCUUUCACUGGUCAGACUUUUACUGGGGAACUCUAUCCAUCCUUAUUUCCUGGUUUAAAUGACGGAGGUAAAAAUUCAGCACCACUGAUCAUCUCUCCUGUAUUUAACACUGAAUGAAUUUUCACCUCACAGAUUUCAUCAUAUAUUAAAUGGUGAGAAUAUUAAUUAAUAUAUUCAGCACCACUGAUCGUCACUGAAGUUAAGAAAUUUCAAAAAAUUCUAUAAAGACAUGGAUGUUAGUCCAGUUACUGGAUUAUUCAGUGUAUGUGUGCUGUUAACCUGAUUUCUCGAAUAAACUCUGACAGCUUAAACGUCACAAACUAGCAACUCAAAAAAGGACAGUGCUUUGUGUGAUUUCUAACCAUUAAACUCAGUAAAGUGACUCCAUAUGGGGGGAAAGUGUCAGAAAGUGUGAAUUUUAAGAGAUGCCCUUCUUCAUCAGCGAUUUGUGUUUGCAGACUGAAACAAACACCAUCAUAAAUCUAGUGUGUCAGUGCUUCACCAUGAACCAAAACUGCACAUUACAUGAAAUUAAUAAAGGUCUAAAAAAAAAAAAAAAAAAAAGUAUGUUUAUUAAUGAGUCUUUAUUGAUCACAUACAAAUACAAUUUAAUCCACAACUACAGUCACAGAUAAGAAGAUGCUCUAAUUGUGUUGUAAAUAUGUAAAUAUUUUUAUUGAUGUGCUUUGUUCUCAGUAGUGUUAAUGCUGUAUUGAAGUUUGAGAUCUUUACUACUACAGCCUUGAUACAAUUUUUUAUCAUUUCACCAAAAACCUGGUCUAAAAGCAUGUUGUGGGGUUUGUGUCAUUUUGUUGGAUUGUGAUUCUCUGUGGCUUGUGAUUCCCUGUUACUGAUAAUAUCUUCUUGUGUCCAGACAUGCUGAAUGUUCAAUAACAGAGUUAAACUGAAGUUAACAGGGAAGAAUGGGCUGCAUGUGAUUUUGUCUCCAUCAUAAACAAUAAACUCUUAAAACGUUAUCCAACUUUAA